CCCGCUUCAAUUGCGGCCCUUCACACACACGCCCUGUCGCGCCCUUCCGCUCUCUCCAUCCGCUUCCAUCCAUGUACACGCCUUGCAGCUAACGCCUUGACCGACCUCGCGCCGCCACAUUUGCGCUCCAUCCGCCUCUCUGCGCAACAUGUCGUCACUCUGGGGUCGCUUCAAGACGAAAGAUGGCCCAACCCCAUCUGCCAAAGAAGCUCCUGUCAAGAAGGAUCCCAACACGCCUCAGCCAACUCCUCUCGAGCUGAUGCUUGCGGAUGCCGGUCCCAUACGCAACGAUGGCAGCGAUAAGUUCUUUGGUAUUGAAAAUUUUGGAAGCACAUGUUACUGUAAUUCGAUAAUACAAUGUCUAUACUACUCCGUGCCCUUCCGGGAACAAGUCAUCAAUUUUCCUGCCAGGACCCCAAUUGAGGCUCUGAAAGAGACUGAGCCUAGCGCUCUUCCGCAGCUACAUACAGACCCAGCGACAACUACGCAGAAUGGACUCCUACUGCCGACGAAAGCAAAGGGUGUGCCACCUUCGACAACAGUCACCUCGCCCGCGCGCAAACCCGUGACGCCCAACAACGGCACGCCGACGCCGGGGACCAAGCCCGAGGACAACAAGGAUUCACCAGAGUACAGAAAGAAGCUGAUAUUGGCCGCCGGCCCGAUCAUAAAUAUGGACUAUGAGAAUUCUCAGUCCUACGGCAUGACGGAAUCCUUGUUUGCAUCCCUCAAGGACAUCUUUGAAGCUAUCAUCGCGCACAAGUCGCGAAUGGGUGUCGUGAGCCCCCACAAGUUUCUCGAGAUCUUGCGGAACGAGAACGAAAUGUUUCGCACCGCAAUGCACCAAGAUGCACACGAAUUUCUGAACUUGUUGCUGAACGAGGUCGUCGACGACGUGGAGAAAUUCUCAAGAAAGGCUAUAGCUGCACCACAGGAACCAGAGGAGUCUGCACUAGAGCUCUCGUCUGCGUUGACGUCAUCGGUAUCCGCCGGUAUGUACAGAGAUAUAGCGACGAAUGCGAGCGCAAGCAACACCAAAUGGGUUCACGAGCUUUUCGAGGGCACGCUGACUUCGGAGACACGAUGCCUUACCUGUGAAAAUACCUCUCAAAGAGACGAAGCUUUUCUGGACCUAUCAGUGGAUCUGGAGCAGCAUUCUUCGGUGACAUCCUGUCUAAGGAAGUUUUCAGAGGAGGAGAUGUUGUGCGAACGCAACAAGUUUCAUUGCGACCGGUGUGGUGGUCUGCAGGAGGCUGAGAAGAGGAUGAAGAUCAAGAGGCUACCGCGCAUUCUUGCUUUGCACUUGAAGCGCUUCAAAUACACAGAGGAUUUGCAGCGCUUGCAGAAGCUGUUUCACCGUGUUGUUUACCCGUACUAUCUGCGGUUAUUCAAUACCACAGAUGAUGCAGAGGACCCGGAUAGACUGUACGAGCUCUACGCGGUCGUGGUGCAUAUCGGCGGCGGACCUUAUCAUGGACAUUAUGUGUCCGUGAUCAAGACGCAGGAUCGUGGCUGGCUCUUAUUUGAUGAUGAGCUGGUUGAGCCGGUGGACAAAAGUUACGUACGGAACUUUUUCGGUGGCGAAAACGUUCUUGCGUGCGCAUACGUCUUGUUCUACCAGGAGACCACCGUAGAGGCCAUGCAAAAGGAGCAGGAGGCGGAAGGUCUUGCUGCGGCUCAAAAGGCAGCGGAGCGGGAGAAGGAGGCGGUCAACUCAGGGAAAGUCAAUGGCGCCACGGCAAAUGGCUAUCACCAUGUUCCUGUCCCGACUACACCAACCGACGAGACUGAACCUCAUUUCAUCAGUCUGGACCGCGUAGCUUCUGCCCCUAUGUCGCCGCAAUCGCCUUCUGCGGCACAAGAUGAGCCCGAGCAUACUUUGACCUCGCCUCUCGAGUCCACGGUUCCGACCUUGUCGUCUACGCCCAAGAACAGGAAGGCGGAUGCCGCUGCGAAGAAAGAAAAGAAGGCUGUGGAAAAGGCGGCCGAGAAGGAGCGCAAGGCACAGGAGAAGGCACAGGAGAAGGAGCGGAAAGCACAAGAAAAGGAGCGUGAGAAGGAAAUGUACGAAAAGCAACGAUCGGUAAUGGACCGCCGACGAGAAGCCCUGAAGAAACAGGAUGAAGAGCUGCAAGCCGCGAUUGAAGCAUCCAAGGCUUCGGCCGCCGAAGAAGCUCGACGGACGGGCACCACAAAUACCGAAUCCUCGAUUGCGAACACUGCCACCACCACUACGACCACCACAUCGACCGAAGCGACCGAGGCUUCGUCCGAAUUCGAAGCAUUGUCACAAAGUCCGCGCGCACGAAUCAGAAACGAAGAAAAUCUAAAAGAGAAAGGCCUCAUGGGCCACGGUCUGAGCAGGUUCCGGAACAGCAGCAUGAGUCUGAGGAACAAGCCUAAAUGGCUUGGGAACAAGGACAAGGGCGAGCACGAUACGUCACUAGAGCCCGGCAAAGACGAUAAAAAGGAUGGCAAAAACAGAUUUAGUCUGGGGAAGAAGAAGUCUGGUUUCUUUACAUGAUAUGGGUAGUUAAAGCUUUUGACGAUACCUCUGCAUGCUGGUUUGUUGGUACUGCAUAUCAUGGGCGCACGGGUCGUUUUUGACGCAUGGGCACAUUCAUACAGUUUUUCGGUCAUGUGGGCUUGUGAAGGCUGACGCUUUCGGGUACCUUGGAUACAUAUAUGUGUGUGCAUUUCGGGCAUAUAUUGGGG